AUGGAUCUCCCAACAGAGAAAAGUGUCAUUUUUUUCCCACGAUUGCACAUUUCUGUCUUCUCUCCUUUCGCUUUUGCAUCCUCCCGGGGCUCAGCUCCAAAGCAACCUUUGCUGCCCGCAGGACGAAACCCCGAGUCGCUGGUGGGCUCCGUCGUCUCUCUGGGCUUCUCUUUUUCUCUGCGGGAGGACCCCACACGUUCAGCCACUCUGGAGGCCAACAUCACGAAGCCACUCCUGAGCAGGGAGCCUCUAGAAGACUAUGAGUCUUUGGGAAAGAAAGAUCCCCGGCAAGUGGAAAGGGAAUAUUACAGGACGCUUAGAAACCAGCAUGUUCUUCUUGCCAGCUUCGCUGCCGUUUUGGGGAAUUUCAAUUUCGGCUUUGCUUUAGUCUACACCUCGCCCGUCAUCCCCGCGCUGGUGAAAUCUCCAGUCCCUAAUUUGCAGCUAACAGAGGCCACCGCUUCCUGGUUCGGGUCCAUCUUCACCUUAGGGGUAGCUGCAGGGGGCUUGUGCACCAUGUAUUUCAACGACCGCCUGGGGCGCAAGCUGAGCAUCAUGUUCUCCGCCAUCCCUUCCGUCAUUGGAUACUUCUUCAUGGCCAGCGCCCAGGAGAUCUGGAUGCUGUUGGUCGGGAGGGUGCUCACCGGCUUCGCAGGGGGGGUGACAUCAGCAGCCAUCCCAGUCUACAUUUCUGAGAUCUCCCACCCAGGAAUCCGAGGGGCGUUGGGCUCCUGCCCUCAGAUCAUGGCCGUUUUGGGUGCCCUCUUCCUUUACGCUUUGGGUCUCCUGGUGCCCUGGCGUUGGUUGGCGGUUGCUGGAGAAGUCCCGGUUCUUCUCAUGGUCUCUCUGCUCUUUGUCAUGCCUGACUCCCCACGUUUCCUGAUUUCCAAGGGGAAGGAAGACGAGGCCCUUCGCGCACUCCAGUGGCUGAGAGGCAAAGAUGUGGAUUUUUGGUGGGAAUACGAGCAGGUCAAGGCCAGUGUUCGGGAACAGAGCCAACCCAUUUCUUGGACAGAGAUCCGGAAGCCUUACAUCGUCAAACCCAUGGUGAUCACUUUGUUGAUGAGAUUUCUUCAGCAGCUUUCGGGGGUCACCCCAAUCCUGGUAUAUUUGCAGCUGAUAUUUGACAGCACGGAAGUCAUCCUGGCCCCUCAGUAUGACGCUGUCAUUGUGGGGGGUGUUCGCUUAGCCUCGGUGGUGGUUGCGGCUCUCUCGAUGGAUAAAGCUGGGCGAAAGAUUCUUCUCUAUGUCUCCGCUUGCAUCAUGCUUGCCUCAAAUCUCAUGUUGGGCUUCUACAUCCACUUCAUCCCCCGGCUUUCCCAUAAUUGUUCGACGGUGGUGGUGAAUGGGACCCACGAGGGCCUUGCCCACAGCUCACUGGUGGGUCUUACGGUGAUUCCUUUGAUUGCCACCAUGUUCUUCAUAGUAGGCUAUGCCAUGGGUUGGGGUCCCAUCACGUGGCUGUUGAUGGCGGAAGUGCUUCCCCUGAAGGCCCGAGGAGUGGUCUCCGGCCUUUGUGUACUUGUGAGCUGGUUGACAGCCUUCGCCUUGACAAAAGUCUUCCUCUUGGUUAAGGAAAAAUACGGCCUGGAGGUGCCUUUUUUUUUCUUCAGCAUCACCUGCGUGGUGAAUCUUGUCUUCACCUAUCUCAUACCUGAAACCAAAGGAAAGUCCUUGGAACGGAUAGAGUCAUACUUCCGCACUGGGCGAAGAUCAUUCCUGGAAUCCUUCCGACGCCACAGGUGAGCAUCCAAAACCAACUCAAGUCUGGAUGCUGAAAGUGGGACAGUUCAGGCGGACAGCAGGCUGUCGCUGUCAAAGCGAGUACUUGUGUCCCCCCGCCCCAUGAAACAGGGAAGUGUAUCAAACAAAUUGUUCAUUUAUUAACUAAAAUGGAAGGGGGAAAUGCUGUAGUACAUACCUAAGAGAUUUAAAGCAAAACAAGAAGUUCUCCAUUUGAAUCUCAUCUU